CUCGCAGUCAUCUGUUCUCUACAAGGCGCCAGCUCAGAGGAAGUAGCCCCACCGGCCUGGACACACACACGCAUCCACAGAUUACCUCCUGAAUCCGAACAACAGAGGAACUCACACACAACGUGCACUUCUUUUUUUAUUUCCUUUUGCAAGACAAGAGUGAACUUCAAGGGCAAGAAACUUGAGGUUUACUCUGGAAAAGGACGCACAGACCUCUGAGGAGAAUGCGGGGUAACCGGGAAGAGACACAACCGAAGACUGUCGCUCCCGAGGCGCCCAGAGAAACUACAGUACAACCGAGAAAGAGGAAGGCAGAUGUUGCCAUUUAUUUACACGAUGUGGAUGAUGACUAUGAGGUGGCGGAGAUGACGAAGAAGAAACAGCGGGACUGUGAGCCUGGAUGGAGUCCUGAUCCCGUUUACACGAGUCCACAGAGGUGGAUCCCCACACCCGAUGAGGAAGAAGACCAACCAGUGUCCCUGAUAAAUGCAGGCUUCCCCCACUAUAACUUUACCAACAUAUUCACGACGCCUGUGCAUUGCGCCCCACUGCCCCCACUGUGCUGGGCCAGUAAGGAUGUGGUAUGGAACAACAUGUUGGAGAAGGAUAAAACCUACACCAGGGACGUCCACAUGAUGGAGAACCAUCCACAUCUGCAGCCCAAGAUGAGGGCAAUUCUCCUGGACUGGCUCAUGGAGGUGAGUGAAGUGUACAAGCUGCACAGGGAGACGUACCACCUCGCUCAGGACUACUUUGACCGCUUCAUGGCCACACAGAGAAACGUGUUCAAAUCAACGCUGCAGCUCAUCGGUAUCACCUGUCUCUUCAUCGCUGCUAAAGUCGAGGAGAUGUAUCCUCCCAAGGUCCACCAGUUUGCCUAUGUGACAGACGAAGCCUGCACUGAAGAUGAGAUUCUCAGUAUGGAAAUCAUUAUUAUGAAGGAGCUGAAGUGGAGUCUGAGCCCACAGACUCCGGUCUCCUGGCUCAAUGUGUACAUGCAGGUGGCCUACCUGAAAGAGACAGACGAGCUGCUCAUCCCCAGAUACCCCCAGGCUACAUUCACACAGAUCGCAGAGUUGUUGGACCUGUGUAUGUUAGAUAUGCGUUGCCUUGAGUUUUCGAAUGGCAUCCUCGCUGCUUCAGCCCUGUUUCACUUCUCUUCUCUGGAGCUGGUGGAAAAUGUCUCAGCUCUGAAGAGGGUGGAGGUAGAGGAGUGCGUGAGGUGGAUGGUGCCGUUUGCCAUGGCACUGCGGGAGUUCGGUGGGACACCUAUGAAGACGUUCCCAGGAAUCCCUGCAGAUGACAUGCACAACAUCCAAACCCACGCUGCAUACAUCACAUGGCUGGACAAGGCCUACUCUUACCAGGACGUGGAGCUGGAGCACCACAACAACUGUCCUGUCCCGUCAGGAGUCCUGACUCCACCCCUGAGCAGUGAGAAAACCGAAGAGCUGGUACGAGUGGACGCCACGAUGCUGAAAAUCAGGCCAAGAAUGCGUACACCAUCCCCACAGUGGCCUGAUCCACAGUAGCGAAGCAAACACACUGAAACUGACAAAGACAACAGAAAAUCCUAAUUAGUUUUUAUAUUACAACACCUGGGAUGUGUCGACUCUGCAGUACCAGUACACAUACUGUAUGAAUUAUUGGAUUACGGUGGGAUGCAUUGUUGAAAAUGUUCUCUUUUCAAAGUCAUGCUGAUUUUUUUUUUUUUUUUUUUUUUUUUUUUUUUUUUUUUUUUUUUUUUGGAUCCAGAUGCUUUUAAAUGUCUCUGUAAUGGAUGCACGCACUGACUUUGGCUAAACUGGGGAGACACAGAGUGAGCGAAUAGUCCAACCACCCCCCCGCCCACAGGAAACUUUCCUCCAGUGUGGAUGAAAAUGGAUGAAACUUGGGUUGGGACGGGAUGACUUGGCUCGAGGACAUUUUUGUUUUUUUUGAACAGCAUUGUACCCAUUGCUUGCAUUAAUUACCAACCACACCUACAUUUAGUGGUUGCCGUUUUUAUUUUCUAUGCAGAGGCCAAAUCGAAUGGACAUUUUAUGGAGUCUCUACGUAAUUUAGUUUGUGUGUGUGUGUGGUGAUUGCUGUUUUAAAUCUGUUAGUGGCCUCAUUUGCCCAAAAAACUAUUUCUAGAGUCACAUUUGGCUCUAUGUGCUGCUAUAAAAGUGGGCUUUGCAUGAUGGAGGGGGUGAGUGGGUGUGUGUGUGUGUCUGUGUGUCUGUGUGUGUGUGUGUAUAUAUGAGCUAGUUUGUUGCUCUUGUUUUUGGUUCUACUGUUGCCAUUUUAUUGGACAAAACAUGGCCAUGUUUUGCUUGGGGACCAAUAGCUCAGCUACCUACAUGGAAGUGGAUAGUGAACCAACCAGGCUUCAGAAGCUGAAAUAUUGAUUGUAUUUAACUUUUAUUUUAAUCCCAACCUGCAGUUUGUUUUUUUCCCCCACCACCAAAAUGUAAGAUUUCUAUCUGACUUUUUAAAUAAAAUGCUGCUACAUAUUUUCCAUUAAA